UCUUGUGUGCUUUUCGUGCUCUUCCGCCGGCGUGAGGGAGAGAAGGAGGUGGAGGAGCCCGCGAAAUCAACGGCGCGAUCAUCAACGCGCGGGCCACUGCGCGUUCGGGACUCGCGGUUGCGCCACGACCUUGACGGACGUCGCUCGACGGCUUCGCGAUCUCGACGUUGCCGACGCGUUCGAAAUCGCCGUAUAUUCACCGCGUCACGUGACUGUCACGCGAUUCAGUUUCGCGAAGUUGCCGCGACUGUUGGUGCGUUAGGGGAAUAAGUCGUGUCCGUCCGGUUGUUCGGUGAAACGAGCGUCUCGGAGCUCGGCGCACACGACGAAGUUGAGAAUUCGCGGACGAAUUCCUCCCUUCGCCCGUCCCCGCUUCUCCCCCGCUGCGAGAUCGCGUGCGCCUUUCGCGUUGGUCGGCCGAAUUCGUCGUACGACCAAGCGUGCGCGCCAUUCGAUCGCGCUCUCGGCGUGCAAUUAGACCGUGUCCAGACCAACGAGGUCCAACAACGGCGUGUUUUUCCCCGUGUCCGCUUUUUCCCCGCCGAUAGAGGACAACGGGAACAAAGCGCCACGCGCUGUGACGGUCAAACGUCACAACAAUACGCUCGGCGUGCCUCUGUGCGCUCGUUCGUUCGUAUCCUCGUUUUCACGCGCGGUGUGCAAAAGUACGGAUUCAGUAUGGAACGAUCCCGCGCGCCGCCGCCGUGCCGCGCCAAGUGAGUGGCGCUCUCGGCCGCCGCUCUUCCGUCCCGUUGGAUUCGAAUUCCCGCCGGCGUGUUCGGACGCGCGCGCGGCGAUUUCGCGAGAACCGCGAAUCCGCUCUACGCGAGUGUGUCUCACCGGUUGAUGUGAUUCAGCUGCCGUCCGGAGAAUCCCCGGCGAUGGGAUCCCCGCACAGGACGAGGGCGUCGCGGAAGACGGCUGAUCUAACGGUCGGUCGUGAGGCGCCGAGCAAGGGACAACGUCAUUGACGAGCUGCACUUUCGCAACGACGCCCGGUCGGCGAGUUCAGACACGCGACAUGGAAGUGCGAACGGAAAGACCGCGGACCGCCGGCAGAAUAGCGCCAACCGGAAGAGUCACGCCGACGGUGCAUCAAACCGGCGGAGGCCGGAGGAAAGCCAUACCAGUCCCGCCGCCAAGAGUGCCGACUCCCAUGCCCACCCCGAAUAAUAAUCAACAAAGGAACAAUGCGAACGUCGUCGUCCCGCCCACCGCCGUGGCCGUGCCGAGGAAAGAGCCGCACGAGAACAUCGCCCGGAUAGCGAAGCGGUACCUCGACGAUAACAUGCAGCAGGCGUGGAUCAAUCCUCGUCUAAUAUCGAUGAUAAACAUGGAGGCGGUGACCUCGACCGACUACGACUCCACGAACCUGAGCCGGAACUUCAAUCAGGUCGGCUUCAACACCUACAAUUAUUCGCAGUUCGAGGAGAAAUACAAGCCGCGUCAAAUCUUCAAGUACGGCGACGAGUACCUCGAGUACGGGCACAAUUCGGUCCGGCUCGGCGAGAGAUUCGGACGAUCGCAGUCCAAGUGUCAGGACGGUGCGAGGCUCGCCGAGCAGCGGUACUCCCGGAGCCACUCUCAGCCCGAGCGGCAGCACCACCUCGCGCAGGAGACACGCUCCAAGUCUCAGGAUUCCCGCGAGCUCACGUUCUACCAGAUAGACCCGCCUCUGAAGAACUCGGAGAACCCACGGCAGCCGCAUCACGACGUAAAGUCGCAUCAGAAGCUGAAGAAGGAGCUGACCUUCUACGAGAUAGACGGCCCGUCGGCCGUCGGUCAAGAGAGGAGGGAGAAGCCCGAGGUGUGCAAGGAGCGAGGUGAUAAAGGACCCAAGUCCCACGACAAGUCGACCCAUGCCGGCCCGGAGAGGCUGCUGGCCGCGAAGCACGGCAGGCACCCGGAACACAACGCGCCGUCGGACUGCCAGCUGAACCGGUCGCAGUCCGAUCUCACGGAAUGUCAGCUGCCGAAUUACUACCGGAAUAAUCCGUACAUCGAUCCGCCCAAGUAUCGACACUUCGACAGACCGCCGCGCUAUCAGGAGACGCCGCCCAAGUAUCACGCCGAUCCGCCCAAGUACGCCGAGGUGUCCAGACGGCAGGAUGACUUUAAGAGGAUCCAGGAGGAGAGGGGCCGACGACAAGGCGGGGGCGGCGGAAUCACCGGCAGCGGUGGAGGCGGUAGCGGCGGCGGCGGCGGCGGUAAUUCCGGAUCAGGAAGGGGGACCGCCGGCACUCAUGGCGCCGAGACGCCCUCUAAUCUGGCCAGUAUCACGCCAACCGCGCGAGAAGCAACACGCGUGGUCGCCACGCGGUCGCAACGUUCGCUCUCUCACAGGACGUGCAAUCCGAGCGGCGGCAACAACAACAACAACAACAGCAGCAGCAGCAACAACAACAGCCGAAGCAGCAAAGAGAACCUGCUGCUGCAGGAGGCUGAGGAUGAUUGCGACGCGUCAUUAGCCACGGUUCGAUGUCACGUCGAGUCGGUGAAAGGUCAUCAUCAUUAUCAUCAGACCCGCGGGAUCAGUAACGUCGGUAACGCCUUCUCGGAUGGCGGCGACUCGUGCGGCGAGAUAACGACGUGCGACAAGUACAAGGUCACAGGCUCGGAGCCGAAUCGGGGGGCCGAGGCGGCUCAAGGUCGCGAGAGAUCCAUGCUGAAGAUCGAGAAGCUCUCGGGGAAGGUCGGUCUGCACGCUGGCGGCGGUGAAGUUGCGCUCGGCGGCAAGUGCGGCGCGGAGAGGAUGAAGUCGACGCAGGAGGCCGGGUAUAACAAGCACGAGCCGCUCGGCAAGGCUAAGGGCCACGAUGCCGGGCACGGUUACAAGGUGGAGAACCUGCGGUACUACGGCGAGCUGAAGGGCUACGCCGAUUUCAAAGCUUACGGCAGUGUGGACAAGCAACCGGCAGUGCUGGUGUCCGCCCACGAGAAGUCGCAUCUUCUUCACGCGCCUUCGUGCGACAAGGGUGACAAGUGCCACGGCAAGGUCCCGUCCGGCCAGGGUUACGCCAAGGUCGGCCAGCCGCAGCAGCCGGAGAAGAGCCACCACACCGGCGAUCACUACUAUCACAGAUCGGCGCACUCGAAACCGCCGAACGCGUAUCAGGUGUAUCAGGAAACCAAGUACUCGUACAACGUGAGCGGGGUGCCCGGGACGCCGGCGCAGGCCAGCGCAGCCGCAGCCUUCUUCGCAAGGGCAGCGCAGAAACUGAAUCUAUCGUCGAGCCCGCAUCGGAGACGACGUUCCGGGGACGAGAACAUCGGGCCUGACGAGCUGCCCAUUUUUCCCAAUGGAUACGCCGCGCUCCUUCUCAAGUCACCACCUCCGGCACCUCCCGCCCUUCUCAGGAGGAUAGGCGUAAAGGAGCUCACCGGGGUCGGCAAGGUGAAAGUUAUGCUGAGAGUAUCACCUGGAGACGGAGGCAGCUUCUUCAACGCGGAUAAGCGGAAAAAGCAAGUUACCUUAGUGGACCCAGCUUCCGGGCAAUCCUCAUCGGCAGAGGAUCGCAGACCCACAGUAGCGGCGCCGAAGAUGUUCGCGUUCGAUGCCAUCUUCACCGAGGAGGACUCUCAAACUGAGAUCUGCUCGAGCGCUCUCACGGACGUGAUUCACGCUGUCAUCAAUGGAACGGAUGGUUGCCUCUUCUGUUUCGGACACGCUGGUUUGGGCAAGUCACACACCAUGCUGGGAACCCCGGAGGCUGGUCACACACUGGGCGCGAUCCCAUGUGCCAUAGCGUGGCUUUUCCGCGGCAUUUCCGAGCAACGGCAAAGGACCGGUGCCAGGUUCAGCGUCAGGGUCAGCUGUGUGGAAUUGACCACCGGCCAGCAACAACUGAGGGACCUGCUUGCGGCUCACGCGAACGACUCGGAGCAGUCACCGGCCGUGUAUCUCCGAGACGAUCCGCUGUUCGGCACCCUUCAAUUGCAGCAGCACAGCGAGCUCCGCGCGCCGACGGCCGAACGUGCGGCUUUCUACCUCGACGCGGCGGUGGCCGGUCGUCAACGGGAGGAUGGCGACGCGCACAUGCUCUACACGCUGCACGUGUACCAGUACAGCGUCGCCGGCAAAGGUGGAGUCGCCGGUGGCAGGAGUCGGCUUCACCUGAUGGACCUGGGGAACUCGGACCGCGGCAAGUCGUCGGGCGGUAUCCCGCUCUCGGGUUUGGGCAACAUCCUCCUCGCGAUCUUCAACGGGCAGAAACACCUGCCGUACAAGGAACACAAGCUGACGCAGCUGCUGAAGGAAUGCCUCGGCUCGCUGACGUGCCACGCGGCCAUGAUAGCCCACGUGUCGCCGAACGCGCAGCACUACACCGAGACGCUGACCACCGUCCAGCUGGCCUCGAGGAUCCACCGGAUGCGCCGGCGGAAGAUCAAGUUCGUCGGCGGCGGCACGCAGGGCACCGGCAGCGGCGGCAGUUCGGGCGAGGAGGCGGCCAGGCAGAACAGCGAGUGCGACCCGAGCUCGAGCGACCUGUCGGCCGACACGGUGAUCUACGUCGGGCCGAGCGCGGACGACGCCACCGACGGCGAGCACCCGCCCGUCUACAUCCCCAGCUUGAACUCCGGCGACAACCGUUGCGCCAUGGGGAGGGUGCUGCGCGGCUCCGCGGCCGAGAGGCCGAGCAAGAUCCCGGAGGAGCGCAGUCCGGCUCACAAGUCCUCGAAGACGGUGAAGACGCUGACGCAGACCGCGUCGAAGCAAACCUCGCCGGCGCACAGCGCGACGCCGAAGGCGAGCCCGGCGAGGAAGAACUCCUCGUCGAAGAGCGCCUCGGUGUCGAAAAGCGGCGACUCGCCGAGCAGCAAGAUCCCGGUGGCGGCGCCGAGCGGCGGCUCCGACGAGCAGUGGAUCGACGGGCCGAGGAUCUCGAAGUCGAAGGUCGCCGAGGCCCGGCACAUGCUGAAGGAUCCCCAUCACAAGCGGGAGACGUGGAUCGACGGGCCGAUGCAGCUGACCGGCGCGGCCCCGUUGCAGCUGCACACCCAUCAGCACUCGUCCUCCGGUUACGGAUUCAUGGACAGUCACAAGAAGAGCAUGAUCAGGAAGUGGGUGGAGAAUCAGUCGUCGCAGAUACAGAGGGCGAAGCACGCCGCGCCGCGGCUCGAGUCCGGCAAGAUGGCCUCCGGACAGUCGUCCGCCGGCCAGUUCAAGGAGCUGACGACGUUCAAGAGCUGCGCCGGCGUCGACGACGACGACACGUCCUUGUCCACCGCGGAGAGCGACAGCCUGAAGGCGAACGAGAUCGAGGAUAUCACCGAGAAGCUGAGCGCCAAGCUGAAUUUGCUCAACGUCAAGUCCAACACGGACUCGGGACUGGAUCUGACCGCCAGCCCGGUGAUGGACGACAGUGUCGACAAAGGGAAGCUCGAUCUGCCGGACGACGAGGACGACGACGAGGAGAUCGUCGUGCCGCCGCCAUUGCCGCUGAUCGAGCCGCUCAGCAACGGUGUUAGCAGGGAGGUCUCCAUGGAGAGUCUGAAUCUCUCGCACAAGGACAUCGUGCUGCCUUCCAGGCACUCCCUGUCCUCCGAGGACGAGAUCCUGGAGAUCGUCGAGGUGGAGGACCUGGAACCCGUGCCCAUGCAGGACUCCUGCCUGCAGGUCACCGAGGAGGAUAUCGCGCUCUGCAUGGGCGAGAAUCCCCUUCCGGAAAGCGACCAGGAGGAACAUCCCUUAAGGAUCCUUAGUCAAGAAAAUCUCACCGUGGUGUCCACCUUCACAGACUCCAUGUCGGUGAUGUCGGACACGGAGAGAUACAGACCGCACUAUCCGCCGCCGGUUGGCGCGGGUGUCCUGCCGAGGCCGUACUUCGACCACGAGGAUUUUCUGGAACAGGAGACCAGGCACAAGUUCGAUCAGUUGGCCCGCCUCCACGAGCUUUACCAGAGCAAACUCGCGCUCGCCAAUGUUUCCAACUCCGUGACUUAUCAGAGGGAGAACUCCUCCACUGUUAACGUGCGAGACGCUCCAUCAGCGACCGUCUUCCGUCCGCCGUCUCGGUGUCAGUCCUUGUCUCUUUCGGAUGUGUUAUUCAACGACAACGCGAGCAAUCACGGCAGCAUCUACAGCGAACCCGCGUACAUAGCCGGCAAGUCCGAUCAGGAGAAGAUCUGCGACAAUUGUCGUCAGAGUAUGUCCAGGCCAGCCACAGCCUCUUAUUGGUAUCCAAGUAGCGUCGCCCACCUCGCCAGUCCCAGGAGGUAUUGCGGCAAGUUGGGUGAUUGCAACAUUUCCAGUCUGAGGCAUCCGGACGGCGCUUCGAACCCCAAUCUCAAGGAGGAGAUCGAGAGGAUACCCGGAAACGGAGCGUCCGGCUCGGACCCCGAGGAGGAGUACAUUGAAGCGAAGAAGCUGUUCACAGCCGCCGAGAGAUCCGAGAGAACGGUCACGGGAAAGUCCGACAUCGAGGAAGACUUGAAGAUUCAAGGCGCAGCGCCCAUGCAAUUGCCGAUGCCGUCGCCGGCGGCGUCCUCCGGACGAAUGCAGCGCAAGAUACUCAGCCUCGGCUCGUCCUUCGGCCUGAAUAAGGAUGGCUCCGACUCCGGCGCGGACUCGACUCCGCGUGCGGCUAAGCUGUCCCCGGCCACGCUGUCGAGACAUCGCGCGGAGAGCUCCGGUUACGACAGCAUUGUCCGGGACAGCGAGACGAGCAGCAUUGCCAGCGACUCGUCCCGGCAAACCGGCGCGUUGCAGGAGCAUCAAGCGGUGGAACGGCGGGCGGCAGGGUGCGGGCCACGGCGGUCGCGGGCCCACUGCCGGGCCCAGCCGCCCGCGGCGCCGGGGAUUCUCGCGUACACAGGCGAGGACGUGGACAUCCUGGACAGGCGCGCUCGGCUGCGCUCGGAUCCACGUGGCACGAUGUCCAGGAUACACAGCCUUCGCCUGCGCCAGCGCCUUCUUAGGCUGGAACUGCGCGACGCUAAACGGCGCCUCAUGGUGCCCGACACUCGCUGGAGUUACGAUCUGCACGUGGAGGACAGUAUGGACUGGCGGGAUCCGUCAUUCCUAGAGGCCCUGACGGCAGAGACGUGCAUCCUGCAAAAGAGAGUGGAGGCCUGUAAGAGCCACGUUCUCCUGGUCACCUGUUUCGACUCCUGUCCUCAGCAACAGUACGCGCGGCAUGCCGUGACGCCGGCCGAAAUAAAGACCACCUAACGUAGACUCAGAUCAGCACGCACGACCGCGUGUUGAUCUCGCCGUACCCGCCCACCCACCUACGAAUUUAAUCGUUGAAACGAGACGAGCGAGGUCGCCGUGCGAAUUGAACGGGGAAUGGCGUCGAUGUCGCUCGACUCCGUCCAGUAGUUGUUAAUGAUAUCGUGGUAUCGUCAUCGUCAUCGUACGUCGUCACUAAUUGUUAAGCCUAAAGCCGGCACCGGCCGGGAUUAAACGAGGAAUAUUUAAGAGCCUAAGGUAAAGAUUUUCACCGAAAUAUCGCACACGUACACGCACACGCACGUGUCUUAUCGAAGUUAUUAUGAGAGUUUUAUAUCGAUAAAGGAAAGAACAAAAAAAAAUAAUAAUAAUAAUAAAGAAAUAAGGUGUAUUCGUGUUAGAGAGUUUCUUCGCGAUCGCUUCAGUUUCCAACGAUGUUUCUCAGGAUGUAGGACACGGUGAUGUUAGGCGAAUUGUUCGCGAUUGUUAAAUAUACGGCGACACGGGAGAGCCGCGUUUAUAUCGGCAUUAAAACGGUUCAACGCGAGAGGUUGGUGCUUUGUUCUUGCGUCUAUUAUACGUCAGAGAGUCGUUUAAAUCACUAUGGCUGCCACAUCGUCCGACUGAUGCCAUUAGUAAGCUAUAUAAGGGAGACUUUCGAGGGGAUGUUAAGACUGCCGGCCGACCGGCCGAAUACCGCGUAUUCAGCGACGAACGAAACGACGAAGCCGUCUCGCGCGGUAGACUAGAGAAGAUACUCGCCUCGAUUUAGAAAUACGACACGCGUCAAUAUUCGUAACCGUCGGGCGGAGGGGAGGAUCGGCCGCGGGCUGAAAGACGGUCGAGUGAAAAUCGCGGGAUCGCGAGUGAUCGCGAACCCAAGCUGUACGUUCGUUCGUUCGUUCGUAGAACGUCGAUUGCUCAUUAUCGACGAUCGAGGCCGGCUGCGAUUCGAAUGGCACACGCCACGUAGAGCUGGCCCACCGGUCGAUAUGAAAAUUUCCCUUCUUUAUCCGUGUGAUCGCUGAUUAGAACGGUGGAUCCAGCGGGAGGAAACCGCCGAGCGGCGUUGAUCGAUCCGUGGGGUCACCGGUGGAAAUGAGACUCGCAACGAUGGAAGUUACGAUGUAUUAGAGGUAGACGCGAAUUUGUUUAUCGAGAAAAAUCGAGCUUCGGCGCGGGAUGGGGAGAAAUAUAAUAUAGACGAGGGCGAAGAAAGGAA